AUGCCGCCCCCAAUCGAGGAUCUCUCCGACGAGGAGUCCGGUGAUAUCCCCUUCGACGACAAGAACGGCACCACCGAAGAUGCGAAAGAACCCGAUCAGGUGGACGCUGAGGGCGACGAGGAUGACGACGAGGAGGAGGAGGAAGAGGACGUUUAUAUCGUCGAAAAGAUCAAUGACCACGCCUGGAUGGACGAUGGCUCAUUCAAGCUUCUGGUGAAGUGGAAAGGCUGGGACAAGCCAGAGGACCUGACCUGGGAACCUGAAGCGUCAUUGAAGGAGGGCGCAAAGGAUAUUUUGAACGCAUACUACAAGAAGAUUGGUGGACGUCCCAGGAAGAACGCUGCGAAGCCCGCCGCCCCCAAGGCCGCAUCAGGUCGCAAGCGCAAGUCAAUGGGCGAGACCAAGUCGACUUCGGCUUCCGCCGAACCCACCGAGCAGAAGCGACGCCGUAAAUCCUCAGCACCUGCGACAGAAGAGCCGCCCGCGGAGACAGUCGCUGAAAGCGAGGAGGACGAUCUGAGCUGGACACCCAAGGGCAAGGAUUGGGGCAGUCACCUCCAGAAAGUUGACACAAUCAUCAGAGAUCAGGACAGCAAGCAGCUGUUUGCAUUCCUACUCUGGAAGAACGGCAAGCGCUCUCGAGUUGCACUUGAAACAUGCUACGACAGGUGUCCGAAGCAGAUGCUUCAAUUCUACGAGAACCAUUUGGUCUUCAAAGAAACUUGA